UUGUAUUCACCGGUUGGAUAUAAAAUAAAAAAAAAUAUGCAGAAUAAUUAUACGUUUUAAAUAAAUAAGUAAAAAAUAAAUCAAUAUGUGUUGGAGGGUGAAAAUAAUUUACAACAUUCAUAAAAAUUAUCUGCAACAAAAUAAUAAUAAAAAAAUAUUAAAAAUAAUUAGCAAUUAUUAUGCAACAAAUCAUGGAUACACAUCAGAUAAAAACCAAAAAAGUUAUUUUAGUACUGAUAGAAAAAAUUACUUACAAUAUGCUUGGAAAGUAGGAUUAAUUUCAUCAGUUAUUGGUGUUUCUUAUUAUUUUUGGACAACUAAAAGUCAAGCUAUAGAGUUAAAAAAUUUAAAUGAAAGCCCAGGAGUUAGAAAAAAUCAUUUGAAAAUGUACACAGUCGAAGAAGUUGGAAAACAUGAUAAUAAAAGAGAUGGAAUAUGGGUUUACUAUAAAGAGGGUGUUUAUGAUAUAACAAAUUUUGUAACAAAACAUCCUGGUGGUCCAGAGAAAAUAAUGAUGGCAGCUGGAGGAUCAAUCGAACCUUUUUGGGUGAUAUUUGCUAAUCACAAUACACCAGAAAUUUAUGAGCUAUUAGAAUCGAUGCGAAUAGGCAAUUUAGAUGUUAGUAAAGAUAAUAAACAAACUGAAGUAAUAGCAGAUCCUUAUGCAAAUGAUCCUAAACGUCAUAAAGUAUUAAAAGUAAAUGGGGCGAAACCAUUUUGUGGUGAAACUCCAGCUCCUUUGCUCUAUGAAAAUUUUUUAACACCAUUAGAUUUUUUUUAUGUUCGCAAUCAUUUGCCAGUACCUGAAAUUGAUAUUACAGAUUAUGAGCUAGAGAUUGCAAUUGAGGAUGAUACAAAAAAAAUUUUAGAUUUUGAAGCUAUUAAAAAAUAUCCCAAGUAUACGGUAACAUCAGCAGUAAUGUGUGGAGGAAAUAGACGCUCUGAAAUGAAUGCUGUAAAACCUCUAAAAGGUUUGAGUUGGGGUGUAGGAGCAGUAGGUAAUGCAUCAUGGACUGGUGCAAGACUAUGUGAUGUUCUAGCAGAUCUUAAAAUAAAUGAAGAUAACUGGAAACACGUGCAAUUUGAAGGAUAUGAUUUAGAUCCAUCAGGAACUCCUUAUGGUGGAAGCAUUCCAAUUAGUAGAGCAUUAAAUCCUAGAGCUGAUGUUUUGUUGGCUUAUGAAAUGAAUGGUCAACCAAUACCUAGAGAUCAUGGCUAUCCUAUUCGUGUAAUUGUUCCUGGUGUUGUUGGAGCUAGAAACGUUAAAUGGUUGGGAAAAAUAAUUAUUUCUAAUGAAGAAAGUUGGUCUCAAUUUCAACGAGGUGAUUAUAAGGGGUUUUCACCUAGCGUUGAUUGGGAUACUGUAGAUUUUUCUAAAUCACCAGCCAUUUUAGACAUGCCUGUAACUUCUGCAAUUUGUACACCUACUCCAGGAGAAAUUGUUGAAUUAAAAGAUGGAAAAAUGCCCCUAAAAGGAUACGCUUGGUCUGGGGGUGGUAAAAAGAUUAUUCGCAUUGACUUGACAGUAGAUCAAGGAAAAACUUGGUAUGUAGCGGAUCAUAUGAUAGAUGAUGAAAAUGCUAAAGAAGAUCGUCAUUGGUCGUGGACUCUUUGGGCAGCUGAAAUUCCUAUCGAUGCUACUAAAAGUGAGGUUGAAGUUUGGGUGAAAGCAGUCGAUGCUUCUUAUAAUGUUCAGCCAGAAAAUUUCGAAAAUAUUUGGAACUUACGCGGGCUUCUUUGUAAUGCGUAUCACCGCGUAAAUGUUAAAAUUAAAAAAUAAUUGAUACAAAUCAAU